GCACCCUCUUUCCCUGCCUCCCAGCCAUGCAUCCCGCCAGAGCUCUGAGAUAUGGAGCCCGUCAACAGCACAGACAUGUCUGAGUUCUUCCUGAAAGGAUUUUCAGGUUACCCUGCCCUGGAGCACCUGCUCUUCCCUCUGUGCUCAGCCAUGUACCUGGUGACCCUGCUGGGGAACACAGGCAUCGUGGCAGUCAGCGUGCUGGAGGCCCGCCUGCACACACCCAUGUACUUCUUCCUGGGCAACCUCGCCAUCCUGGACAUCUGCUACACGUCCACUUUUGUGCCCCUGAUGCUCGUCCACCUGCUGUCAGCGCAGAAGACCAUCUCCUUUCUUGGCUGCGCACUGCAGAUGUGUCUGAGUCUGUCGACAGGCUCCACAGAGUGUCUGCUGCUCGCCAUCAUGGCCUACGACCGCUACCUGGCCGUCUGCCGGCCGCUUAGGUACCCCGUGCUGAUGAGCCGCCGGCUCUGCUGCUUGCUGGCGGGAGCCGCCUGGGUCCUCUGCCUCCUCAAGUCGGUGACUGAGACAGUGAUCGCCAUGAGGCUGCCCUUCUGUGGCCACCGGGUGGUCAGCCACUUCACCUGCGAGAUCCUGGCAGUCCUGAAGCUGGCCUGCGCUGACACGUCCAUCAGUGAGGCCUUCCUGCUGGUGGGCGCCAUCCUGCUGCUGCCCGUGCCCCUGGCCUUCAUCUGCCUGUCCUACACGCUCAUCCUGGCCACCACCCUGAGGGUGCCCUCGGCCGCCGGGCGCCGCAAAGCCUUCUCUACGUGUUCAGCACACCUGGCCGUGGUCAUGCUUUUCUACAGCACCGUGAUCUUCAUGUACAUGAAACCCAAGAGCAAGGAGGCCCGUGUCUCUGACAAGGUCUUCACGGUCCUCUAUGCUGUGGUCACACCCAUGCUGAACCCCAUCAUCUACAGCCUGAGGAACAAGGAGGUGAAGGAGGCCGCCAGGAAGGUGUGGGGCAGGAUGCAGGCCUCUAGGUGAGGGAGGCCA